CGCGGCAAGUCCCGCCGCUGUUUGCGACACAGCCCGCGCGGGGCUGGGGGCCGUGGGCUGCGGAGACCCCGGCCGGGGGCGAACCGGGACGGGAGAGGGCGGCCCCGGUCCGGAGAGCCCGCCCGGGGGGGGAAUCGGAGCGCGGAGGCGCUGUCCUUGGUGAGGAGAGCACGGCCAGGACCCAGGGCGAGGGCACAGCAGAAUGCCUGGGCCCCGCGGCAGCUGUCGCUGGUUCUUGCAAUGAACUUUCAAGCGAGGCUCUUGGCCAGCUGUGGGGUCAGGAUGCUGCCACAGCCCUGGCGAUUCUUCUCCCGGGCUGCAGAGGACGUGGCGUGGCAGAGGAUCCGGAAGGUCCUGUGCGUGGCUGAGAAGAAUGAUGCUGCCCGAGGGAUUGCAGAACUGCUCUCCAACAGCAGGAUGCGACGGCGAGAAGGGUUUUCCAAGUUCAACAAGAUCUAUGAAUACGACUACCAGAUGUUUGGCCAGAGCGUUACAAUGGUGAUGACAUCCGUGUCAGGACACUUACUGGCUCAUGAUUUCAAGAUGCCCUUUCGCAAAUGGCACAGCUGCAACCCUCUAGCUCUUUUUGAUGCCGAAAUUGAGAAGUAUUGCCCUGAAAACUACGUGGACAUCAAGAGAACCCUUGAACGAGAAGUGCAGCAGUGUCAAGCUCUGGUGAUCUGGACUGAUUGUGAUCGAGAGGGAGAGAACAUUGGCUUCGAGAUAAUCCACGUUUGCAAAGCUGUGAAGCCAAACCUGCAGGUUUUUCGAGCCCGUUUCUCAGAGAUCACACUUCAUGCUGUCAGAACAGCCUGUGAGACCCUCACCCAACCUGAUCAGAAAACCAGCGACGCCGUUGAUGUCAGGCAGGAGCUGGACCUCCGAAUAGGUGCUGCCUUCACCAGAUUCCAAACACUGAGGCUCCGGAAGAUCUUCCCUGAUAUUUUAGCAGAUCAGCUGAUCAGCUAUGGCAGCUGCCAGUUCCCAACCCUGGGCUUUGUGGUUGAACGCUUCAAAGCCAUCCAGGCCUUCGUUCCUGAAGCCUUCUAUAAAAUCAAAGUGACUCAUGAUCAGGAAGAUUGCAGCGUGGUCUUCAACUGGAAAAGGAACCGACUCUUCAAUCACACAGCGUGCCUGGUCCUCUACCAGAUGUGUAUGGAGGAUCCAGUAGCCACUGUUGUUGAAGUUGCCAGCAAGCCAAAGAGCAAGUGGAGACCCCUGCCCCUGGACACUGUGGAACUUGAGAAGUUGGCUUCCCGCAAACUGAAAAUAAAUGCAAAGGAAACCAUGAGAAUAGCAGAAAAACUUUAUACCCAGGGGUUCAUCAGCUACCCUCGAACUGAGACCAACAUUUUCCCCAAGGAGCUGAACCUCUCUGCCUUAGUACAACAGCAAACACAGGACCCGAACUGGGGAGCAUUUGCACAGAGGAUUCUGGAUCAGGGUGGGCCAACUCCUAGGAGUGGAGCCAAGUCAGAUCAGGCUCACCCUCCCAUUCACCCCACAAAGUACACCGCUAACCUGCAGGGCAACGAGCAGAGGCUGUAUGAGUUCAUCGUGCGCCAUUUUUUGGCUUGCUGCUCUGAUGAUGCCAAGGGACAGGAGACAACUGUGGAGAUUGACAUUGCCAAUGAACGAUUCAUUGCUCAAGGACUAAUGAUCCUGGCUCGAAAUUAUCUGGAGGUCUAUCCCUAUGAAAAGUGGAGUGACAAGGUUAUCCCAGUGUAUCAGAAAGGGUCUCGCUUUCAGCCCACUACAGUGGAGAUGGUGGAUGGGGAAACCAGCCCUCCAUUGCUCCUCACGGAAGCGGAUCUCAUUGCUCUCAUGGAGAAACAUGGCAUUGGGACGGAUGCCACUCACGCUGAGCACAUUGAGACCAUUAAGACACGGAUGUACGUUGGCCUCACAGCGGAUCAGCGCUUCCUGCCAGGCCACCUGGGCAUGGGGCUGGUGGAAGGUUAUGAUUCCAUGGGCUACGAGAUGUCCAAGCCUGACCUUCGAGCUGAGCUGGAGGCUGAUCUGAAGCUGAUAUGUGAGGGGAAAAAAGACAAAUCUGUAGUGUUGCAACAGCAGGUUCAAAAGUACAAGCAAGUCUUCAUCGAAGCUGUGGCCAGAGCUAACAAGCUGGACCAGGCCUUGGCUCAGUAUUUUGGAGAAGCUGCAGAAAUUGUAGAACAAGAGGAGGUCUACCCAGCAACACCUGCUGCUGUUCGGAAGUGUCCACAGUGCAACAAUGACAUGGUCCUGAAGACCAAGAAGAGUGGCGGGUUCUAUCUCAGCUGCACAGGCUAUCCAGCUUGCAAAUCUGCAGUCUGGUUUCCUGAUUUCGUGCUGGACGUGGCCAGGGAUGAGAGCAUCUGUGCUGUAUGCAAACCACAUCCAGUUCACAGGCUGAAGUUUAAAUUCAAGAGAGGCAGUGUUCCCCCCAUGAUGCCCCUGGAGUUAGUUGGCUGCAUCGGAGGCUGCGAUGAGAUGCUAAAGGAGCUCUUGGACCUGAAGUAUUCACACAGGCCAGCCCAAACCACGACGCUGGCCAGCCAGCAAGCUAAUCACCUGCAGGUCAGCAACUCCCUUAACAGAGCUAGUGGUGAAAACAGGCAUGCGAGGGGGACCACAAACCAGGCAGCAGGACGUCUGCUCCCCACGAGCUCAAGGAGGCCACCCAGGCCUGCUCCUGCAGCUGCUGCAGACAAUGGGAACAACGCAGUGGUGUGCAACUGUGGGAACGAAGCCCUGCUUCUGACCGUGCGCAAGGAAGGCCCCAACCAGGGCAGACAGUUCUACAAGUGCAGUGCCAGCACCUGCAACUUCUUUCUCUGGGCUGAUCAGCAGUCAGAAGACAGGAACAACACAGCUCCACGGGGCUCUGCACAGCCUCAGCCCCUUGCAGGAAGGGGCCCAGCAGGAUUUCGGCAUCCAGGAGGAGGGAGAGGCCCAGAGCCCUUUGGGAGUGGCAGCUCUGCAUCAGGAAGCAGCACGGUCUGCAACUGCGACCAGCCAGCUGUCACACGCACGGUCCAGAAGGAUGGGCCCAACAAAGGGCGGCAGUUCCACACCUGCUCCAAGCCCCGAGAGCAGCAGUGUGGCUUCUUCCAGUGGGCAGAUGAAAAUGUGGCACCAGGGCCUUCUGGAGAUGUCUCUGUGAACUCUGACACCAGUGGAUAUUCAAGAGGAUUGGGAAGUAAAGCCAAGAGGUCAGACAGUUUCUCCUCAGGAGCCACUGCCAAGAAACCACGAACCUGUGGCAUCUGCCACCAGCCUGGCCACACAAGGAAAACCUGCCCUCAGAACCACUGAGCCUAGCUGGGCAUCUCAAGAACCUGAAAGGGUUAGGGUUGGGAGCUGCUACAGGGAGACCUACUGCUGAAAGGACGUGCAGUCUGCAAAGAAGGCUGUUGAAUGCUUCCUGGAAGGGCUGGCACAGCCUGCUCCUGCCAUACGAUGCCAUCCUGACACACAUUAGUUGCCUGGGCAGUGAGGAUUCCACCAGCUUUGAAAGGUGCUGUCAGGCCUUGUGGUCAGCUGCUCUUCCGCUCAGCAGAUUGGAUUAACCUAACCAUUUCAAGGAGGCAGUUGGAGACUGCAGAGAAGAAAACACUGAAUCUACUCCUCUGGCAACUGCUGGUGGUCACACAAUAGUCUUUCUCCAUGAGGAAGAGCCUGAUCAUAGCUGUGAGGGCUGCUUGGCCCUUCCCAAUUCCUGUCUUUCUACAGUGUGGAAUCUCGAGUUCCUUUCCAAGCAAGCAACAUUCCCCUUUUUGUUUUGUUUGGGAUUGUUUUGGUCACAGUGCCACACCCCUCACCUUGGCUGUCCCUACCAGCAGAGGAGGGCUGGGUGUGGAGAAGCCACAGCUGAUGCUUGCCUCUAAAGGAAGCUCAGCUGUAGAGCUUGGGAAAAGCCUUAGACCGUUCCUGGAUUUCUAACCAAGUUCUUCCUCAAACCUUCAGCCUCUGUGAUGCUGCUAGCGAAUGGAAGUUACUUUUGUUUAGCUAAUUAAGUUUCAUAUUAAAAGAUUAUUUAAUUUUUAAA